AAAAAGGAUAUUGAUUACCAUGAUUUCAUUGGGAUUGUGACUUUACUCCUUAUCAAUUCCACCAUUAGUUUUUUAGAGGAAAAUAAUGCGGGCAAUGCAGCUGCUGCUCUAAUGGCUCGGUUGGCACCGAAGGCAAAGGUUUUACGUAAUGGGAAAUGGAGUGAGGAGGAUGCAUCGGUUCUAGUUCCAGGUGAUAUAAUCAGCAUUAAACUUGGUGACAUUAUUCCUGCUGAUGCACGUCUUCUGGAGGGAGAUCCUCUGAAAAUUGAUCAGUCUGCUCUUACGGGAGAAUCGCUACCAGUAACUAAGAACCCUGGUGAUGGAGUUUACUCUGGUUCGACGUGCAAGCAAGGUGAAAUAGAAGCAGUUGUAAUUGCCACUGGAGUUCAUACUUUCUUUGGGAAAGCAGCUCAUCUUGUAGAAUCAACUACUCAUGUUGGCCAUUUUCAAAAGGUUUUGACUGCAAUAGGGAACUUUUGUAUCUGCUCAAUAGCUGUUGGAAUGGUCAUUGAUAUAAUUGUGAUGUAUGGUAUUCGUGGAGAGGCAUAUCGAACUGUCAUUGAUAAUCUUCUAGUGCUACUCAUUGGUGGGAUUCCAAUUGCCAUGCCCACAGUUCUUUCUGUUACAAUGGCCAUUGGAUCGCAUCGCUUGUCCCAGCAGGGUGCCAUAACAAAAAGAAUGACUGCUAUUGAAGAAAUGGCUGGAAUGGAUGUUCUAUGUAGUGAUAAAACAGGAACUCUAACUCUCAACCAGCUCACAGUUGACAAGAGUAUGAUUGAGGUUAUCGCCAAAGGCGUUGACAGGGAUCAAGUUGUCUUGAUGGCUGCAAGGGCUUCAAGAUUGGAGAACCAAGAUGCUAUUGAUUCUGCAGUUGUUUCCAUGUUAUCAGACCCAAGAGAGGCACGUGUGGAUAUUUGUGAGGUUCACUUCCUUCCAUUCAACCCUACUGACAAGAGAACGGCACUUACAUACUUGGAUGCUGCUGGCAAAAUGCAUAGGGUGAGCAAAGGUGCACCAGAACAGAUUCUCAAUCUUGCAUGGAACAAGGCAGAUAUUGAAAGAAAAGUGCAUGGAAUUAUUGACAAAUUUGCGGAUAGAGGGCUUCGGUCGCUUGCCGUUGCCUAUCAGAAAGUGCCUGCUGGUAUCAAAGACAGUCCAGGAGGACCCUGGGAAUUCAUUGGCCUUCUUCCUCUGUUUGAUCCUCCGCGUCAUGAUAGUGCUGAAACAAUUCGCAGAGCUCUGAACCUUGGAGUUAGUGUCAAGAUGAUUACAGGUGAUCAGUUGGCAAUUGCUAAGGAAACUGGUCGGAGGCUUGGAAUGGGCACUAACAUGUACCCAUCUUCAUCUUUAUUGGGUGAGACCAAGCAUGGAGAAAUUGCAGUAUUACCAGUUGAUGAGCUAAUUGAGCAAGCAGAUGGUUUUGCUGGGGUGUUCCCAGAGCACAAGUAUGAAAUCGUGAAGCGACUGCAAGCCAGAAAGCAUAUUUGUGGGAUGACUGGAGAUGGAGUCAAUGAUGCACCUGCAUUGAAGAAGGCGGACAUAGGAAUUGCAGUGGCAGAUGCAACAGAUGCUGCUCGGAGUGCCUCUGACAUAGUUCUUACAGAGCCUGGAUUGAGUGUGAUUAUCAGUGCUGUCUUAACCAGCCGUGCAAUUUUCCAGAGGAUGAAAAAUUACACGAUAUAUGCUGUGUCAAUAACUAUACGUAUUGUGCUUGGAUUUAUGUUGCUGAAUGUCUUCUGGAGAUUUAACUUUCCUCCAUUCAUGGUCCUUGUGAUUGCAGUUCUUAAUGAUGGUACAAUCAUGACUAUAUCCAAGGACCGUGUCAAGCCAUCUCCACUUCCUGAUAGUUGGAAACUUUCUGAAAUAUUUGCAACUGGAGUGGUCAUUGGUUCUUAUCUGGCUCUCACCACUGCCAUAUUUUACUGGGCAGCUAAUGAGACUGAAUUUUUUGUGCACAUCUUCAAGGUCAAGACUUUCAACAAACACAAACUCGAUGUGUCAAACAAUGAUGUCCGCUUUGACAACACAGAAAAGUUGGCAUCUGCUGUAUACCUUCAAGUGAGCACCAUUAGCCAGGCAUUAAUAUUUGUGACACGUUCCAGAGGUUGGUCUUUUUUGGAGCGACCUGGCCUUCUCCUCGUUAUUGCAUUUGUCAUUGCACAACUGGUUGCUAGUAUCCUAGCUGCCCAUGCAACUUGGGCGUUUGCUGGAAUCAAAAGUAUUGGUUGGCAUUGGACAGGGGUUAUUUGGGCUUACAACAUCGUUAUCUACUUGCUCCUUGACCCAAUCAAACUUGGUGUACGAUAUGCACUCAGUGGAAAAGCCUGGAAUCUGGUCUUAGAUAAGAGGACGGCAUUUACCAGCCAGAAAGAUUUUGGGCGGGAAGCUCGGGAGGCUGCAUGGGCCCAUGAGCAACGAACACUGCAUGGCCUGCAGCCUGCAGAACCAAGAAUGUUUUUAGAGCGGGCCACCUUCAAUGAAAUUAGUCAAAUGGCUGAAGAAGCUAAAAGGCGUGCAGAGAUUGCAAGGCUGAGGGAGCUGCAUACAUUGAAAGGAAGGGUGGAAUCGUUCGCCAAACUUAGAGGGCUAGACAUUGAGGCCAUUAACCAGCACUACACUGUGUGACAGUGUUUAAGGAGAUUUAAAAGGUUCCAGGCAUCUUAGAUCUUUUUGCUCAUUAGAUUCGUCUGGUCCAGUAGUAAUCAUUAUUGUAAUAAUUUGAGUUCGUUUAUUCAAAUAAGUAGUGUCUACUUUCUAACAGAGACAAUUCGUCCAUAAGAUGUAAAACAAAACUUCUUGCCAUCAGCACCUGCUGGCAGAUGAGGAGAAGCAUGCUUCCAGUUUGCAUGCCACCUUACUUAUCUUUAAAAAAUGGUCUUACAUGCACAAAUGAAUCCUGAAGGGCAUUUGCAUA